GUCCAUGCCUACAACUGCACGAAGCAUGACUCUACAGGCUACUCACCAUUCUUCCUCCUCUUUGGGAGACAUCCACAGCUGCCCAUUGACCUUAUAUUCAACCUCGACCCAGAUCGGCUGGCACAGACACGGCAAGAGUAUGCACAGACCUGGGCUUCCCGGAUGCAGGAUGCAUACCGGAUUGCCUCUGAGAACAGCAAGAAGUCGUCUGAAAAAGGGAAAAGGCACUACGACCAAGGUGCCAGAGGAGCCUUGCUGCAACCCGGUGAUCGUGUGCUUGUCAAGAACCUGUCUGAGAGAGGUGGUCCAGGCAAACUUCGAUCUUACUGGGAACAAAAGAUCCACCGUGUCAUCGAGAGGCUGGGAGAUGGACCGGUAUAUCGAAUUCAAGCUGAAACAGGUGACCAGACCCUCCGGGUGCUCCACCGCAACCUCCUCUUGCCCGUCAGUGACUUGCCAGUCGGCCCUGAGGUACGUGACAUUGGUGUGGAGCAGAAGCCCCAAAGACGGAGACGUCAUAUGCCACCCAGGGAAGCAGCCAAGUCUGAUGUCGGCACCUCAGAUGAUGAGGGAGAGUACUCCUACAACCUCAGACCCUUGCCUGUGUAUGAGAGGAAGGCUGUUAGACACCACCCACCCCAACCCGAGCGACGCAGUGAGCUGAGGGCUGUGGCUCCAGAAUAUCAACCAGUGAGCCGAGCACCUGAGUCUGAGGAUGUAUGGUGGCCAGGACCAUCUGACCCUUUGGUGACAGCAGAGCCAAUGCCUGUACCAAGAAGGGUAGAUCUGUCCCCAGCUGUAGAAGGACCGGAACAACACAGUGAUGAUGCUGUGGAGAGUGGAAGUCCUCAGGAUCCUGAGAUAAAUGUUGUGCCUGUUCCUCAGCCAGUAAGAGAGGUAAAUCAGCAACUGAGGAGGUCCACCCGCCCAGUUAAACCCAGAAGCAUCUUCAUGUAUGACCAGUCAGGAGAACCCUCCUACCAGCCUUGUAGAAUGGGAACAAAUGCCAUGUACUGUACCCCUUUGCCCAUGCUGGCCUACCCAGUGUUCCAUGAGAUGUGCUACUAUCCUCCCCCAGCUGUAUGGAUGUAUAGUAGAACUGACAUUGACCAGGACAUGAAAGACACUGACAUUGACAUAGAACCUUACCUCCAUACUACUUACCUGUGACUGACAUACUGGCUUACUUCCUGUUCAGACUGAUGACUCCUGAAGACCGUACUUACUUGACGUCCUGACCGAUAGUCUGUGAGUACCACUGUAGCCAGUAGUCCAGUUUAGUUCUGGAUGUCAGGAGACAUCUUUUAAAGUAGGGGAGAGUGUAAUGGGUAGAGAAAAUGGCCUCUUAUAUUAGUUUAAUUAAACAGUUACCCCCUCCUAUUUUUUUUGUUUUAUUACAUUUAAGAUAACAUUCCCAUGUAUUUCACUUCAUGCCAGUAGAUGGCGAUGUUACACUGCUUUACCGUAGUGGGUUGCCGUGGAGACGGUAGCUCGAGCACUCAGAAAUAAACGUCCAGUGCUUGAGAAAGACAUAAUUUCUGUAUCUCCACUUCUUUUCAACCCACAGUGCUAUCCAGCCUGUGGUC